UGUCUCUGGCAUCAGAAACACAGAAUCCGUCUCUCACAGACACGCAGUCGCAGACAUUGUCGCGCAUACGCACGAGCGCGCACACGGACAGCAGGCACGGCCGUGAGAGCUCCGGCUGAAUCGUCACACGGUUGUCAGCCAGCAUGGAGCCCGUGCGCUUUCUGCGGGACUUAUUUUUGGUUUGUUUGUUUCUCGCGGUCACAAACACGUGCGGCAGAGUGAUGGGGGCUGUCGGGCUGGAAGAUGCCGACGAAUGCGCUGAUGGCACUGAUCACUGUCAUAUUGAUGCCCUCUGUCAAAACACACCAAAAGCCUACAACUGCAUCUGCAAGCCAGGGUACAAAGGAGAUGGGAAGCAUUGUGAAGACAUUGACGAGUGUGAAAAUGACUACAAUGGGGGAUGUGUCCAUGAAUGCAUCAACAUCCCAGGAAACUACCGGUGCACCUGUUAUGAUGGAUUCAACCUGGCAGGCGAUGGACACAAUUGCAUGGAUGUGGAUGAGUGUCUUGACAACAAUGGUGGUUGCCAGCAAGUGUGUGUCAACACCAUGGGGAGCUACGAAUGUCAGUGCACAGACGGAUUCUUCCUCAGUGACAACCAACACACCUGCAUCCACCGCUCAGAAGAUGGAAUGAACUGCAUGAACAAGGACCACGGCUGUGCCCACAUCUGCAGAGAGGCUCCUGGCAAAGGGGGAGUGUCUUGCGAAUGCCGACCUGGCUUUGAGUUGGCCAAAAACCAGAAAGACUGUACAUUAACGUGUAACUAUGGAAACGGGGGGUGCCAGCAUACUUGUGACGACACAGACAUAGGACCGGUGUGUGGCUGCCAUCAAAAAUAUGCUCUGCACUCAGACAGCAAGACCUGCAUCGAGAAAGAUGAGGCUGCAAUUGAGAGCUCUGAGUUCAAUGCCACGUCAGUAGCUGAUGUGGACAAGCGGGUGAAACGGCGGCUACUUAUGGAGACCUGUGCUGUCAACAAUGGUGGAUGCGACAGGACGUGUAAAGACACAGCCACAGGGGUGCGCUGCAGCUGCCCUGUGGGAUUUACCCUGCAACCUGAUGGCAAAACAUGUAUAGACAUCGAUGAAUGCCAGGAGAACAACGGAGGCUGCGAUCACUACUGUCGAAACACAGUCGGAUCUUUUGAAUGCAGCUGUCAGAAGGGCCACAAACUGCUGACAGAUGAACGCACGUGUCAAGAUAUUGACGAGUGUUCUUUCGAGAGAACCUGUGACCACACCUGCAUCAACUACCCAGGCAGUUUUGAGUGUUUGUGCAACAAAGGAUACAUCCUGUACGGCCUCACCCACUGUGGAGAUGUAGAUGAAUGCAGUAUCAACAACGGGAGCUGUGAGUUUGGCUGCGUCAACACACAGGGAAGUUACGAGUGCGUGUGUCCGUCCGGUCAGAAACUCCACUGGAACAAGAAGGACUGCAUCCAGGCGGUCAAAUGUACGCCCAAUGGGAAGCCAGCACCACGAGCCCAGCUGACGUGUAAUAAAAAUGCAGGGGCUGAGGUUUGCUCUCUCUCCUGCCCCUCCAACGCCCUAUUCCUUGCAGAUUCUGAAAACAGCUACACAUUAAGCUGCGGAGUGCCUGUCCAGCCUGGUAAAGCUCCGCAGGAGAGGAAUGCAACCGAUGCUUUGCCCAUCUGUGCUGACACACUGGCGUCACCUAUCAAACAGAAGGCCAGGUUCAAGAUUAAGGACGCCAAGUGUCAUCUGAAGCCCCGCAACAAGGAGAGACACAAAGACGCAUCCAAGCAGAACAUACAAGCUGGCCAGUUCUCUUGCACUGAUGACUGCCAGGUAACAUUUGUCAACCUCAAAUGUGACUCCUCAAAAAAGGGGCGCCGAGGACGCAAAUCCCCUUCAAAGGAGGUUUCACACAUCACAGCCGAGUUUGAGAUGGAGAUAAAGGAGGAGGAAGCCUCAGACUCAUGUAACGUGGAGUGUAUGCGUGACAGAAUGAAGCAGAAACUGCAGAGUGCCAUGCGAACGCUCAGGAAAUCUAUCAACAAACAGCAGUUCUACAUCCAAUUCUCAGGCACUGAGUACGAGGUGGCUCAGAAACAGUCACGAUUACCAGAAGGCGCUGAGCCCUGCAGCACAGGACAAGUCCUACAAGGUGGAAAGUGUGUGAGCUGUGGUUUGGGCACAUUCUACAGUGGAGAGCAUGAGCAGUGCGUUCAAUGUCCUCCCGGAACAUACCAGGACACAGUUGGUCAGCUGUCUUGUGAGCCGUGUCCCAGUACUGAUGGACAGGGCAUUGCUGGAGCUAAGAAUGUAUCGCAGUGUGGAGGCCAAUGUCCGGCUGGUCACUUCUCUGCUGAUGGAUUCCGUCCAUGCCAGCCGUGUUUGCUGGGUUCAUACCAGCCUGAACCAGGUCGAGUUCUGUGCUUUCCCUGUGGAGGAGGCCUUAUGACCAAAUAUGUUGGUUCAACAUCCUUUAGGGAUUGUGAGGCCAAGGUGCACUGUGCUCCGGGUCAUUACUACAACUUCAGUACCCACCGUUGUAUUCGCUGCCUAUUGGGAACCUAUCAGUCUGAAUUUGGGCAGAACUACUGCAUCACUUGUCCAGGAAACACCACAACUGACUUUGAUGGUGCCACCAACGUUACCCACUGUAAAAACCAGUUGUGUGGAGGUGAACUCGGAGAGUACACAGGCUACAUCGAGUCACCCAACUACCCUGGAGAUUAUCCAUCCAAUGUUGACUGUGUAUGGACCAUCAUACCACCACACAAGAGACGGAUCCUAAUUGUGGUGCCAGAGAUCUUCCUCCCCAUUGAGGACGAGUGUGGAGAUGUCUUGGUGAUGAGGAAGAGUGCCCUUCCCACCUCCAUCACGACAUAUGAGACUUGCCAGACGUAUGAGCGUCCUAUCGCAUUCACCUCUCGCUCCCGAAAGCUCUGGGUCCAGUUCAAGUCCAAUGAGGGUAAUAGCGGCAAAGGCUUUCAAGUUCCAUAUGUCACAUAUGAUGAGGAUUACCAGCAGCUGAUUGAGGACAUAGUGCGAGAUGGAAGGCUUUAUGCAUCUGAAAACCAUCAGGAGAUACUAAAGGACAAGAAGCUGAUAAAAGCCCUGUUUGAUGUACUGGCUCAUCCCCAAAACUACUUCAAAUACACAGCACAGGAGUCUAAAGAAAUGUUCCCCCGCUCCUUCAUUAAGCUGCUGCGUUCCAAAGUCACCAGAUUCUUAAGGCCAUACAAAUGAGUCACCCCUCUUCCCACCAGACCUGUUAAAGACACUCAGCAUCCUGUAUCACUUUAGACCCAUCUAACAUUCCCCUGCCUUGGUUUAAACCUUGUUGUUCCUUUUUUCUGGCUAGACAUCUCCAUCAAUUAUAUUUGUACUUUGAGUUUUCUUUGUCAAAAUGACCUUUCCUCUUUUAUGUGGUAAUUUAUCAAUAUCUUCACCACAACUUUCCAUUUGCGCAGCUUUGUAUAUAAGGUUUGACUAAUAAGGGAUUUUGAAGGCCAGGACUAUUAGAAUGAAAAGAUAAUCUAAAUGAGUUGAAUAUUGUUUGUGUAUAUAUUGUUUGAUCAAAUCAGAUUUUUUUUAAUCUAAAAAUAUUUGUCACUUUUUAAUGUGGAAUACUACAGCUAGGCAUCUCAACAUAACUUUAUACUUUGUCAGCACAGGUGCAAUAGAGAUGGCAAGUGUUUUCUUAGGUAAUUUAAUAAUAAUUGACCAUCAUAAAACCACGUGAAAAUGUAUUCUCUAAUGCAGGGGUGUCAAACUUACGGCCCGCGGACCAAAACCGUCGCGCUAGGGGCUUCAAUCUGGCCCGCUUGAUGGAUUUUUGAGUAAAGAAAAUCCAUAAACACUUUGUGUUGGCGAUGUUUUGUCAAACUAUAUUUCAUUAAAUAUGAAUAUUUUCUAAUAAAGUACAGCCGGACCAGUACGUUCAUUUAUUUUUCUAAUAAAUGAAAGUACUGGUCCGGCCCACUUGACAUCUAAUGAGGCUGUUUGUUACCCCUGAACCAAAAUGAGUUUGACACCCCUGCACUAAUGUAUACGUCUAGAUGUAACAGGUUAAGACACAAUUUAUAAUUCUUUUCAUUUUCUUCUACUGAUAUCUUCUAUUUUGUGGGAUUUAAUGGCACAUCAAACUGCUAUUGUCGCUGAAGUUUAACCUUUAAAUCUUACUUAUUCAUCAUAGACUACACCUUUAUUUCUUUAUUUCUCAACCUGAAAUGUUGUAGGGCAUGCUUCUGUUAAUGCAGAGGUGUCAAACUCCUGGCUCCGGCCAUCUUCUGGCCCAGUAAUAGCAGAAGUGCCGUUUUGUGCCGGGAUGCUUAGAAACAGACAUAUUGUUUUAUUAGUUCAUUAAAAUGCUUUUUGUACUGUUCUUACUUACAGUGUUUAAAUCAACAAAGAGAAAGAUAAAUAUUUUUUGUAGCACUCUUUUAUGAGUACUCUUCUAUUAGGUUGCAACAGAUGUUAUAAAAACAAAGAGAAUAUAUAUAUGUGUAUAUAUAUAUAUAUAUACAUAUAUAUUUUACUCGCUAUACAUAUAUAUAGAGAGAGAGACAGAAAGAAGAAGAGAGAGAGAAAGAGAGAUCUUUAUAUGUGUAUCUUUCUUCAAUUCAAUUCCUGUGAUUAUAUUAGUGUAGUGUUCAACUAAACAGGCCCAGGUUUCAUAAUGAGAAGUAAAUUGUGAGAAAACCAUUUUAUUCUUGAUUACAUAUUCACUUUGUGACAAUUUUGUUUGGAGAUGCAAUCUGGGAAUUUUCUUCUGUAAAAUAUGUCCCGUUGCUUAAAAAAGUUCGGCCAACACUAUAUUUACAUAAAUCACAUUUUCCGAUACGAAAACUCCACUAUUUUACAAAACAUGUGAGGCAUAUUUUUCUUCAAACACGAUCAGACCUAGUCAGUUAUUAGCUAUAUACUGUAUAUGCAUUAGAUAGUUCGCAUUAAAAAUGUGAGAAUUCCAUAGGUAGUUGAGCUCACAUCCAAAUUCAUAACUGAAAGGGUAAAGGUCAUACUAUAUCAAUCAACAAACUGACGAGGAGAUAAAGAAGGAUACCUUGUUCCAGCAUGUAAAUCAGAUUUUAUGUGAAGAAUAUAGUACCAAUGUAGCCUUAUUUUUUUGCCUUGAGUCGAAAAGGAAAACAUUUCUUCUGUUUUCCUAAAUGUUUGAAAUGACAAUGUCAACAAGACAAGACUAAUAAUGACCAAUCUAUUGAUGGCCAUUUGACUCAGUUGGCAAAGACACUCGUGCCAUUUUCCAAAAGUGUUCGUCUUUGUCUUUCGCGGUUAAGUUCUAUUAAGUUGACAUACAUUUACAUUAAUAUUUAAUGUAAAGCUUUGAAAGUAUUGUGAAUUAAUUAGCAAUUUAAGUAGUUUAGGUAUUCAAAAGGGAAUUCAUUUGGCCCAACCUGUUACCUUUGGUAGCCCACGAUCUACAUCUUUUCUUUUUUUUUUCUUAAUAGCUAUCCUGAGAUUGUUGCACCAUUUUUAAUUUCGCUUCAUCAACUUACAGGUUUUUUGCUUAUUUGUUUUUGGUUGUUGUUGUAUUUUUGAAAGUGUAUUCUGAAUGUUGGAAGAGACCUGCAUGAUAGGCUACACCAAAUAGAUGCAGUAUAGGUACAGACAUACACAAUUGUAUAAUUAUCUGCACAAAAUGUGAGUUUUUUGUAAUGUGCACAAGACAAUGGCAUUGAAAGAACAGAUGCACAUAGAAUAUUAAUAUUUUUUAAAUGAAAAACCACAUGUAUGAACCCGCGGUGGGUGUGUCAUUCCUUGAAGCACACAGAUGAUGAAAUGAUGAUGUAUGUCUAUCAUUGUUCUUUUUCUUAAAUAUCGUUAACAAGACUAACACAAAGGUACCCUGCCUGUAAGAAACGGAGUGUUGCUUUAAAGAGAAAUGUCUGUGAUGUCAUUAGUAUUUGGAACUUCAAUUGCACUUGAAUUUUAUGUGAAAACUGUAGCAAAAAAGGCAACGUGUGUUGGUUUUAAUUUUGUGUGUGUGUUCUUGUGUAAUGUAAGGUUUUGUGGCCAUGGUGGAAUGUGCACAGAUGUCUCCUGUUGUCCCCGUAUCCAUUUCUGUUAAAGCAGAAGUAAAAAAAAAAAAAAAA